AGACAGACCGACUCGCAUCUGUACCCGGAGUACCGAGUGCUGAAAACUUUUCCUCUCCACCGGCAUAAGAAGACUUAGAAAGUACCCCGAGCUGGGCUGCUACUGUCGACCAGGUUGGAGGACAAUCAACUGCAACUACUGCUGCUGCUGCUGGUGUGUUUUGUGUGGUGUGGACUUUCUCACGUUGCGGUGGACACACACAUACAUACACUUGCAUGCCUGGUACUCCCCCAACCGCUCUCUCUCUCUCUGGCACAUACACACACACACUCUCAGAGGGAGAGGCUGUGUGAGUGGUGGAUCCUGUGGUGUGGAGUGUACUGAAGAGAGGAGAAGAGAGGAGCGGAGCGGCAGACUCUACCAUGCCAGUGCUGGGAGAAAGGCUGAAGCGCUGUCUCUCUCUCUGUCUCUGGAGCCGGAAUCCUCUGCUGUUGCUUGGACUGUUCUCUCUUCACACACAAGCACACGGCAACAUAUUGGACAGUAUGCUGCUGAGAGCAUCCAGUAAGGAGGCAGUGGAGAGUGGGAAGGAGACUAGUGGCAGUACAGCUCCUGCUUUGUCCUCCCAAAGACUACUGUGGUGUCACUGCUAUCACCACUGCCCAGAAGAUUCAACCAAUAACACAUGCAGGACCGAUGGCUACUGUUUUACCAUGGUGGAGGAGGACGGAGGGGUACCGGUCCAGACUGCAGGUUGCCUGGGCCUGGUCGGGUCAGAGUUUCAGUGUAGGGACACAGGGAACUCGCGUCAAAGGAGAUCGCUAGAGUGCUGUACGGACCAAGAUUACUGUAACAGAAACCUGCAUCCUACACUGCCACCGCUCAAACCACCUCUCUAUGUAGAUGGGAAGAUCCACCACAUGGCCUUGUUGAUCUCAGUCACUGUUUGCAGCAUUAUUUUGGCGGUCAUCAUUGUCUUCUGCUACUUCAGGUAUAAGCGUCAGGAGUCUCGUCCUCGGUACAGUAUUGGUCUGGAGCAGGAUGAGACCUACAUCCCCCCUGGAGAAUCUCUGAAGGACCUGAUAGAGCAGUCACAAAGCUCUGGCUCAGGCUCAGGGCUCCCUCUGUUGGUCCAGAGAACGAUAGCCAAGCAGAUUCAGAUGGUGAAGCAGAUCGGCAAGGGGAGGUAUGGAGAGGUGUGGAUGGGCAGGUGGAGGGGAGAAAAAGUGGCUGUUAAAGUCUUUUUCACCACUGAGGAGGCCAGUUGGUUCAGAGAGACUGAAAUCUACCAGACUGUCUUAAUGAGACAUGAGAACAUACUGGGUUUUAUAGCUGCAGACAUUAAAGGAACUGGCUCUUGGACCCAACUCUACCUAAUCACAGACUACCAUGAAAAUGGCUCUUUGUAUGACUACCUCAAAUCAACCACUCUGGACAAUAAAGCCAUGCUGCGACUGGCCUACUCCUCUGUAUCAGGACUCUGUCACCUCCACACAGAGAUAUUUGGCACCCAGGGCAAACCUGCCAUUGCUCACAGGGACCUGAAGAGUAAGAAUAUACUGGUGAAAAGAAAUGGGACCUGCUGUAUAGCUGACCUAGGACUGGCGGUCAAGUUUAUCAGUGACACCAAUGAGGUAGACAUCCCUCCCAACACUAGAGUCGGUACAAAGCGCUACAUGCCUCCAGAGGUUCUGGACGAGACCCUGAAUAGAAGUCAUUUUCAAUCGUACAUCAUGGCCGACAUGUACAGCUUUGGGCUCAUUCUCUGGGAGAUUGCUCGGCGUUGUGUCUCAGGAGGGAUUCUUGAGGAGUAUCAGUUGCCGUACCAUGAGUUAGUUCCUACAGACCCUUCAUAUGAAGACAUGAGAGAGGUGGUCUGCAUCAAGAGACAACGACCGUCCUUUCCUAAUCGAUGGACCAGCGAUGAGUGUUUGAGACAGAUGGGGAAGCUGAUGACAGAAUGCUGGGCCCACAACCCAGCCUCCCGCCUCACCGCCCUCCGGGUCAAAAAGACACUUGCAAAGAUGUCAGAGUCACAGGAUAUCAAGCUGUGAGCAGCCACUGCCAGGUGUGUGUUGACACACAUAGAAAGGGCACUAACAAUCACACCGGCACUGGUCCAAGCCGCACAAACCUUUUUUCUUGGAAAAGGAGGGGGGACAGGAAGCAAGAUGACGACUUUGGAGAUCACAGGAUCACAAACUUUGAGUCCAGAUGCCCAAAACUCUGCAACCCAAGUCCCCUUUGAAAAAAAUGAUUACAGGACUAUGGUGGUUUACAAAAACUUAGAUGAAUAAAACACAAUCAGGUCUUGUGUGGCCCUGUUCUGUCCAUCAGAGAAGAUGAGACAAUCUCAUUUCUGACUAGUGUGAGGACUCUAAAACCAGAUAUAGGUUCCUGUUCACAUUCUCCAAAGGUCUUGGAGAAAGAGAUUGAGUUUGACUUGGCCCUGUAGCUGCAGAGACAUGCAAACAGGCUACUGACCAGUGAGUGGAAUACUAUAUCACUGCUUUCUGUGAAAGCUACCCUAGCUGUAGAUGAAGGUCUGUGUGACAGGACUGAAGGGAUGUGCUUAAAGGCAAUCUGUUAUCGCAGCAUGACACCUCCUUUCAAAUCACUGUCACCCCACUACUGGCUUUAUAUUGUAAUUGGAUUGAACACAUUUUUGUCACUCUUAAAUUAACUUCUUUUUGUUACAAGGACUGACACUAUGUGACCAGAAAAAAAAGUAUUUUGAGGCUUUAAAAGUUUUGAUUACGCUGGUAAUGUUUGUAGACACUGAAGAAAAGGUAUACUUGUAUUUUUGAGUUGUGAUGGGCUAUGAAAGUGUAUUUUCCAUGUAAAACUCAAACUCUUUAAGACUAUAUGUGAAAAAUAAAAUUUAUAUGUCCAAAUAAAUUCUGGAUCGAGGCUCUAAACGCCUCUGUGUUUCUUUGCCUCCCAAAUAAAACUAUUAAAAAUAAAACCUGAGUGAGGAGAGUAGGCAUCACAUAUGAUUGCAUGAUUGAUUGAAGCCGAACGGUGCCAUCCAUAGGCACUCCACAGCCAUUACAGGAAAGGAAGUAUGUCAAGUCAAUCAAAAACUGCUGUACACUAACCGUAGUGGUUACUUCUUGCUCGAUGAUGUAGCGCUCUAUUAUAAAUGUGUGGAAUUGUGACUGUUAGUUUAGGGAUACCACAAUUUGUGUGUCACGGGAUUGCUAGCCUUCAGUCAUUCCCAGUAAUACAGAGCGGCUCCCAUAACUAGGUUGAUGAUGGAUAGGUGUAUUUUAGGCAGCCGGACCAGAAACCUUCACUUAAGAUAAAAUAGUUGAACACACAGUAUUAUUUAAAAACUGACUGGUCCUAAAAAAACGCACCCAGCCAUCCCGAAACUACCACACCACCAGAAUUACCCUGUGGAUAAGGUCACUUUUUCCUGUGCCUCAUACAUGUAAAUUAAAGCAUAUGUCGAACUGAUUCAUCAUAAUAAAACAUUUGCUGCUGUCACACUAAAAUCAAAUGGCACUUGAGUCAUUAAAAAAAACAAAACCUAUCAUCAAGCUGCUAUCAGGCGAGUUUCUCCAUGAAUUGAAAUUCUAACAUAGUUGCAGUCAGGUAUUGGGAGGCUUCACCAGCUGGAUCAGCAUGGAAUGGUUCUCCAGGCAAAUCUGGACACCUUUCAUCAUCUCAGUUAACGGACUGUUCCACACUGGUCUGCCAUCGCAGCAUUGCCAUUUGAGAUUUUCCCUCAAAUGGCACCAGCCAACUCAUUUUUAGUAUUUGUAAAAUCCUUGUUCAACUUUUCUUCAGAGGUCAAUGAGCUUCUUGUUCGGUCGCUACUGACUAAAAUUAUUUACCAUUGGAGGUUCGGCUGUGACAGAUUUGUUGUGAUAUAAAUGCCCUUUCUUUCCUUUUGGGUGUCGUGCCUUAUUUAAUCUGUACCUCCUGUAGUUGUCUGUGAGAGAACAUGGUGUUUUUAAUUCAGUAAAAAGAUUGAACAUUC